AUGUCACUCACAGUCCCCAACGCUACAUCCCCUGAUCUGUCGGCUCCUCCGUCCCCCAACACGCUCGCGGAACGACUCGCAGAGUUCGACCUCCCACCCCCAUCAGUUCUGAACACCUCCGUUCCGAGUGCCGGUGCACAGACAGAGAGCAUCGUCGAACGGCUGAGCAAGCUCAAUCUUCCAGCACCUGAGGAGAUCCGCAAGGCUGAGAAGACCGGGAGGGCUAGGCGGAACACGGACGACGUCACGGAAGAGAUCGCCAAGAUGCACUUCGAUAUUCCUGAGGGCAUCAGGUUAGGCAGGCACCCGAGCAUGGGCAAACGCCGCAGCGAAAAGAAAGAAACUCAGAUCCCGCACACCACCCUCCAGGUCGAUGAUAAGGUCCUUCCUCUUCCGGAGACUGAGCCUUCCCCUCUUUCGCCUAUUCCGUCGCCAUCGGAUGCGUGAAUGCUGGAGGGUUUCAACGUGAAGUAGUCGUCGCAAUACUGGCUUCAUACUGGCUGCUAGGCGACCUAUAUCCUGUCUCUUUUACCUUCUAUCCCCUCGCGAUACCUGGGCGUGGAACCCUCGUUGUACUCAACCGUUUACAAAUGAACUGCUCGAUUUUUCCGUCCUUCUCUGUACGUCCCCCUAUAGAUCAUCCGUCUAAUGAGAAUGACAAUUGU